AUGGCGGCCAAAGACCACCAACCCCUCCACAUAGCAGUGUUCCCAUGGCUUGCCUUCGGUCACAUAAUCCCAUAUCUCGAACUCUCCAAGCACGUAGCUCAAAGGGGUCACAGAAUCUCAUUCAUUUCCACCCCGAGAAACAUCGAUCGCCUCCUAAAACUGCCUCCACAUUUAUCUUCUUCCAUAGCUCUGGUCAAAAUCCCACUCCCAAGAAUCGCUGAGCUCCCAGAAAAUGCAGAAGCCACCAUGGACAUCCAUGGCGGACAAAUGGACCAUCUGAAGACAGCCUUCGACGGCCUCGAAGCCGGGCUGACCCGUUUCUUGGAGGAUUCGCGCCCGGAUUGGAUCAUCUACGACUUUGCAGCACACUGGCUGCCUCCAGUUGCGGCCGGGCUUGGGAUUUCCAGGGCCUUCUUCUUGAACAUCAACGCUUGGUUCUUAGCUUUUUUCGGACCAGCUGAUGCCUUGGUCAACGGCUCCGACGAUCGGACCAAGCCCGAAGACUUCACGGUCCCGCCAAAAUGGGUCAAGUUCCAGACCAAGGUGGCUUAUCGCCGCUACGAAGCUGACUGGAUUUUCGGGUCGGGACCGGAGCUUCAUCACAGGCCAGUCAUUCCACUAGGAUUGAUGCCACCUAAAGUGCAAGAUCAUAGCAUUAACAACGAUGGCAUCAAGAAAUAUGGACUUGGAUCAAAAACUGGUUUGAUCAUCAGAACAAAGGUACGAAAAGCAUCGGAGCCCGACCCCAUAGAACUGCCGAGAGGAUUUGAGGAGAGAGUAAGCGGUCGAGGGAUCGUUUGGAGGAGUUGGGCUCCUCAAUUGAAGAUACUAAGUCACGAGUCUGUGGGUGGAUUCUUAACGCAUUGUGGGUGGAGUUCCAUUGUGGAGGGACUCAUGUUUGGUCACCCUUUGAUUACACUGCCGUUUCUGGUGGAUCAAGAUUUGAAUUCUAGGGUUGUUGUUAAGAAUCAGCUAGGAAGAGAAAUUCCAAGAAACGAGCAAGAUGGAUCCUACACAAGAAACUCGGUUGCUGAAUCGGUGAAGUUCGUGAUGCUCCAAGAAGAGGGAAGGAAAUUCAGGGGGAGAGCUCAAGAAAUGAGCACAGUAUUUAGUGAUACAGAGUUGCAUAGUCGAUACAUAGACAAUGCCAUUGAGUUUCUUGAAAAUCAUGUAUAG